UAUAUAAUUGCUAAUGUCAGACAGUUGAUCAAAUUUAAAAAAUUAGCAUAAGUGCCUAAAACUCUGAGCCAUCAUGGCGGGUAGCCGACAUUAGUUGAUAAUGGUUUCACUAUGGCGACCGUUUCAGCGGGGAAAAUAUACAUUUUCUUGUCAUCAUUUCCCGUGGCGCAAGUGUGUGAAGGUUCCACAAUAGUUUGACAUAACCGCUAAUGGGUUCGCUCUCGGUGCGUACGGGACCUUCCAAAUCAUUUCAGUGGAUAAUUGGCAUAUGAAUUAUUAAAGCAGCUCUGCGGUGGCACUUGUUUUGUGGCUCUGUGCUGUCGUCGUACCGCAAAAAAUACAUCACGACGCCAUCAUCGUGGUAAUUGACAAGGUCGCGGAUGAAAGAGCAUGUAGAGUAUAAUAUUUCCCGCAGCGUUAUCGUUCCGUCAGAGCACAUUGACAGUUAUGGUUCUUUUAAUUCACAGAUGGCUGAGCUCAGUAAAUAUAGCGUGAAGCUCUUUUACCUAAUGUGACACACGAGUUGUGUGUGUUUACAUUCAUACAGCAUGUUUAAAACAUGACACCAUGUUGACCUAGUGACAAAUGUGACAAUAUUAAUUUACUGAAUAUUACUUUGGGUGACAAACUAGAUCAGUGAAAAAAGUCCCAAAUUAUGAUGAAGAAAUUGUUAAAAAAGUCUGUGAUUUUUUUACAUGUUCCAAAGUUUAACUACAAGUCUAAACUGUAAGCCAGAUUAGUGAGAGGAUCUAUCUGUUGUUAUUACAACGAUCGGAGUGAACUUUUUGCAAUUUCGGCAGCAGCAUAAAUAUGUAAAUAUUAAACAUAGGAUGCUUUUAAAUAAAUAGUCGGACAUUAUACAAAUGGCGCUACCGUAAAACCCGACCUACACCCCACACCUGGUUACAAGCCUCACUAAGUACAUUUGUAAAGUAAAUGCCAUUUGGUACAUGCAUACGCCGCAGCUGUGUAAAAGCCGCAAGUGCCCACAUUGAAAUCCACAUUGAAACAUGAGAUAUUUAUAAAGCGGGUACACAGAAAGAGUUUAACGCUAGAGUGGCGCUACCGUGGCGCUGAAGCUAGUACUAACGCUAGUGCUAACAGGCCAGUUAAAAAAAAAACUUACCGGUAAAUAUCACUGAGACACGCCAGUAACACAGCAGCAACAUGCUAGCACAGCGCAAACACUAGCGCAGCGCUAACAGGGCGGUAAAAGUCACUCCCUCAGGACAUAUAUUCCACCGGUCUCAUUCUUACCUUAACCGUUCGAGUGUCCACUUGCGGCCGUUAGAAAAAAAUGGACAAACUAGCCGCAUCACCGCAUAAACCGCAAGGUUGAAAGCAUGUGAAAAAAGUUGCGGCUUGUAGGCCGGAAAUUACGGUACUCAAAUGCAUACGCCACUUUGGAAAUACUAUGUACUUAGGCGAUAUUAUAUUGAUGCAAAUUUCAUCAUUUAGUAUCUGAUAUGCACGGAGUGUUUCCUAGUAAUGUAGAUGACCAAAGUGAAUUCACUGUCACUUUUUGAAAUAAUUUAUUACACUGGUGGCGGCAAAGAAACUUUGAUGUCGAUACCAUCAAAAACUAAUAAAAAGGAAACUUAAAGUGACAGAGCUGCCCCUGCUGUGUUUCUGAGGACACUUAAUUAGUUUUGUGGCUCUUUGUUGUUAUUGUUGCCUCAAAGACCUCAAAGCAGUCACUGGAUUAAAAUGGUGGCAAGAUAUGUGAUCGCAUCACUGUUUUUUUAAGUCUUUCAUUCAUAUUCACAGCAAGUUGAGCUGUUCAUUUUUAAGCGCUUUCAUCUGACUUGAUUUAUUCCAGACAAAAUUUUGUAGACGUCACAAUGACAGGGAAAACUAUGCCGAACUUUAGCAUAUUUCCUUAGCGGAGUCUGACUUUGGCUGGAGAAUGUUAGCCCCCGAAAGCCGCUGAACCUGACUCAGGUCAUAAUAUCGGCAUCGUUCGUGACCUCUCCCUGCUCUCCGUGUUUUUCUCACAUCGUAUUUCGAAGAUGAUUGGGAUAGUGCACAAAACUAAGUGAACGUGACAACUUCAAAGCUGCUCCUGGCGGUGUAAAUAGACAACAACAACUUUAAUGCUGUUUUUUAUGAAAAACACUUGUGGUAUGAUGAAAAGCAGGAAAUAACACAACAGGCCUAAAACUGUCCUUCCUCAACCUUCCAAAUACCACGUUGUUGUGUAAUGUUCGCCACGGUUGUGGAUUGUUAAGGGUGUCCGAUGGUGGCCAUGUUUGUGCAGUGCGUUUGUUGUGAAGCUUUGUGUUGACAACCAUUAUUUUUAUGUGCUGUCAGCCAUGUUAGUUGAGGAUGUCAUCCGCCUGUGCCUCAAAACUUUAGUCCUAGCAAAAGUGUUGUAUUUUCCGUCUAAAAGCCAAUCUUGUUUGGGGUCUCUGAGUCGGAAGUCAUUUUCGCGAGUGUCUUGACAGAUGACUCGUUCGUUUCCCACUGCGCGGACCUUUCAAUUGAGUGCGCUGCCGGCUCGGAAAAGAAGAUAACGCUGUACUUCUUCUCUUCCUUUUUGUCAUCACUUUUCAGAGUAACCACGUCCACUGAUGCAUCACCAUGACUUUUCACAACAACUCUGCCGAUGUUCUCCCCCCUCCUCCUCCUCCUCUCCCGCCACCGCCACCACCACCUCCCUCCUCCUUACCACUGCCAAACCUCCAUCUCAACUUCUCCUCGACCCUGGCCUCCGCCGCCCCCUCGUACAUCUUUUUGACCUUGCCCGACAAUUGCAGCGGCGCGGCGUCCGCGUCUCCCUCGCCCCCGUACAACUUCUACGCCGUGCUCCUAGUGCUGCUCAUCUUCUGCGUGGUGUUCGGCAACGUUCUGGUGUGCGUGGCUGUGUCGCGGGAAAGGGCCCUGCAGACCACCACCAACUACCUCAUCGUUUCCCUGGCUGUGUCCGACCUGCUGCUCGCCACCCUGGUUAUGCCUUGGGGGGUCUACCUGGAGGUGGUGGGCGAGUGGCGCUUCAGCCUGAUCCACUGCGACAUCCUGCUGACUCUGGACGUGAUGAUGUGCACGGCCAGCAUCCUCAACCUGUGCGCGAUCAGCAUCGACAGGUACACGGCAGUGGCCAUGCCGUUACUGUACAACACUCGCUACAGCUCCAGGAGGAGGGUGGCGCUGAUGAUCGCCGCCGUCUGGUUCCUGUCCUUCGCCAUUUCCUGCCCGCUGCUCUUUGGACUCAACAACACCGCGGACCGCGAAGGCACCACGUGCAGCUUCGCCGACCCGGCCUUCGUCGUGUACUCGUCGGUGGCGUCCUUCUACGUGCCCUUCAUCGUCACCUUGCUUGUAAUAAAUGCACCCAGCCAGAGGACGUGAAACUGAGCGCGUUGAUGCUAAGACCAUCCACUGCGGCCCCCCACCGCAAGCGAGUGACGUUGGUGAAGGAGGCACUUGUGCACCCCCUGGAAGUGGAGCCAGGUCGCUUCCUGCCGCAGACCGAACAGCGCUUAGCCGCCCCACUCGGUGCCCAAACGCCUUCGGCGCACCCGUGCCGGGCGACCAUCUCACUGUCGAUCUCGGUGGGGCCCGCCCCGGCCCACCCGUGCACGGUAACACGCUCGGCCCUGACGCCCCGCCCCCCCACGCUGGAGGACGGAAUGCGGGGCCGUGAGAGCUGGCGGGAGCAAGGCGGCGGGUGGACGGGGGUGACCAAGGAGAGGGCCAGGGGGAGGAUGUCACAGCAGAAGGAGAGGAAGGCCACGCAGAUGCUCGCCAUUGUGCUCGGCGUGUUCAUCAUCUGCUGGCUGCCCUUCUUCCUGACGCACGUUUUGAAGGCUCACUGCGCCAGCUGCUGCAUCUCGCCGUCGCUGUACAGCGCCGUCACGUGGCUGGGCUACGUUAACAGCGCCGUCAACCCCGUCAUCUACACCACCUUCAACGUGGAGUUCCGCAAGGCCUUCAUCAAAAUCCUACUCUGUUGACCGCGCUCGGUCUCUGACGCCGACCUCGGACUCCGUCUCGUGAAAAUAAAGUGAUCGUCAAAGAACAAUACGAACACACACGGGUGAUUGAUUCAAGAACUUUUUGACAAGGACGCAAGAUGAGGAUUGAGUCAUUCUCACCAGCUGUUUCAUUUGGUAAACGUAUCCCAGCCUUUCUCGGUUUGUGGUAAAGUACUUUGCGAUGAAUGUACAAAACCAUCACAUCGCGAACGCCAUCGGCAACCAAAUACAUGGCACUUACGGACACACCGGUGGACUCCCCAACGAAAGCAUUCACUUGUAUUUAACAUUUAAGGAAAACUACAUUCACGUUUCCUGUUUUUUCUUUUAUUUUUUGUUAUUGUUGUUGUUGUUGUAAACGUGUCAUGAUCAGUGUGCUGGAACAGUUUUGAUGUACAACGGGGGGGGGUUGAAAUACUCCCUCAUCUUAUUAAAAAGACAUACAUAUUAUUCUGAUGUUUAAUGAAAAUGCAGGCAGACAGAAAUGGGCUUUGGGGAAGGAAAAGGGACAGAAGGGGAGGGCGG